CUGGCAACACUGCUUAUCAGUGCGAGGUGUGACUACGGCUAUGUGUUAAGAGAAACUAUUACAAAUAUCUUGCUCGAUCCAGAGAAGAAAAACUGAACUCGUAACUUAUCUUGCAGUUAAUUGAUAAAAAUCGCAGAUAUGUCGGAGCAGGAAGAAUCUAUUGCCUUAUUACUUAAUGAUAAUUCACCUAGCGAGUUUCUAAAAGUAUCAAAAUUACUGCUGUUUUGUUGUGAGGAUCUGAUGAAAAAUCCACAAACUUCACCGUACCGAUCCAUCAAGGUCGAAAGUAAUCUAUUUCAAGAUGAGUUUUUACCAUUUAACGGUGCCGUGCAAUGCCUUUUCAGUCUAGGAUACAGAGAAGGAAUUGAUAGUUUUGUUCUUCCUGAACCUAACUUAAAUACUUUACGUAAGUUUCGCAAUCAUUUAACUUCCAUGCGGCAGAAAUGUCUAAAAGAAUCUGAACAACUCUCUACUGAUGGUAAUCCUUCUGUAACAUCUCAUCUAGUUGAAAAAUCUUCCAAGGCUGUAUCAAACUCUCGUGAUGAAUUAAUGAAACAUUCAGAAUUUUUUUCUCGAUUAAAUUCUUCUGUUCACAUAGUGCUACUCUAUGAGGAUCCUGCUCUUCAACGAGAAGCAAUAAAAUGUGUUCCUGUUACAGAUCUUCAGAAUAAAGCUAAAGAGAAGUAUUCAAUGAUAGUAAAGCAAUCGGAAAUAACUGAUAUAAGCAUCCAAGAUUGUCUAUUAAUUGAAUUAUUGUUUUGGUUUAAGUUUAACUUUUUUACAUGGGUAGAUACAGUCAAAUGUAAGCAAUGCAGAAAUUACUGUGUACAAAAUGGAAUGUUUAGUCCAACUAAUGAAGACUUACAUUGGUUAGCUGACAGGAUAGAAAAGCAUACUUGUAAAAUCUGCAAUAUAUCUUACAGAUUUCCUCGUUACUCUCAUCCAAGACAGUUAUUAAUUACCAGAAGUGGAAGAUGUGGAGAAUGGGCCAAUUGUUUCACUUUUUUAUGUAGAGCUUUGGGAUUUGAUUCUCGGUUGAUUUCUGACUGGACUGAUCAUGCCUGGACGGAAGUAUACUCUGUUUCUCGUGCUCGAUGGAUUCAUUGUGAUCCCUGUGAAAAUGCUUGUGAUACACCUUUGGUAUACGAAUCUGGUUGGGGAAAAAAAAUAAACUAUAUUAUGGCAUUUUCUAAGGAUGAAGUGCAAGAUGUUACAUGGAGAUACACAGCUAAACCAAAAGAAGUAUUAUCAAGAAGAACUUUAUGUAAUGAAGAUUGGCUACUCCAACAAAUUUUUUUUUUUACUAACAAACUCCAAAACAGAUUCUCGAAGGAAAGAAAAACUGAAUUAUUACAUAGAAAAAUCAGAGAAUUAGUUGAGUUUCUUUCUACCCGUACUGCUAAAGAUGAAGAACUUAUUGGCAGAACAUCUGGUUCCUUAGAUUGGAGAUUGGCCAGAUCAGAAAUAAAACUGGAUAAUGCAAGCAAAAGUUUUGUAUUUUAUUUAGAAAAAUCUGAAGCAGAAAAAAGAUAUUUUCAUGUAAAAUAUUCAUCAGCCCUAGAUAAGUAUGUUCGUGUUUCAAAUCAAAAUGAAGAAACAUAUGGAUGGAAGAAUUGUGUAUAUGAAGAACAUAAUAUUUUUUAUAAGCAAGAACAUGAUUGGAAAAUGGUUUAUUUAGCAAGAACUAAGGGUUCACAAAAGGCAGAUGUUUCUUGGAAAUUUGAUUUUUGUGAUAAGUUUCUUGUGGAUACUAUCAUUUUACAAUGUGACUACACUUGCUUCGAAAAUGCUUCCGUAUCUGUCAGGAUUAUUACUGAUGAUAAAACUAUUUUAUUAAACAAAGUUUCAGGUGCUAUUUCAACUAGAAAAAUACAAGGUGUGUCCAAAUUUACCCUUUAUUGUAUCCUAGAAGGAGGUAAAGGAGAGAACGCUUGGCAACAUAGUCAGCUUUUUCGACAACCCAUGAACAGCAAAGAUUUCCCAUUUGAAAUACAAAUUUCAUUUUUAUGAAUAAAUUAUUUUAUAUAACUUUUAAUAUAUAUAUAUAUACACACACACACUACUGUAUGUGUAUUACAAUAAAAUGCAUCUAAUCUAACAAUUAAGUUUUUAAUUCUUUUAAUCUAAAAUAAGUUAGAAGUUCAAAUAGUAUUAAUCAGAUCUUAAAAAUACCUGAUGAUAUAAAAGGUGUGUGUAUAUAAAUGCUGUUGUACAAAUGACAUUUUUUAUUAAAAUAAGAAAUUAAAAAUAAUUACCUGAAUAAUUUAUAAUUUAAUUUUAAGUAUUGUUUUUAUCAAUAUGAUUUGAAACAGUUUCCUUUUUUUUUUAUCAUAGGUUAGGCUAGGUCCACAGUGGGGUGACAAUAUAGUUAGUAACAGAGUCUGAUAUAUUUGGGACAAACAGAACAUGAAAAAAUUUUUGAGAUUUCUGACCUGGACUUAAACCUGUGAUGCUUUUACUGCCUUGGCCAUCAAUGGCAUGAUAACUAGACAAAUUGUUUCUAUAAUAAUCAAUAUUAUUCCUUAUCAACAUUUGCCUUGUCAAGCAUCUGAUAAGAAUUAAUAAUUAUUGUAGAAACAAUUUCAAAAAUAAAUGACACAACACAGUUCCUGGAAUAAUGAUUAUAAUUAGUUUCUUUGGUGAUAUAUAUUCAUUUCAUUCUCAAGAGCUCAACAAGCUAAUAAACAGAGGGUGUGUUAUCCCAUGGUUUACCUAGUUUAGCAUUAUUUCUGUAUUUGAAAUUUUUAGUUAUUUUUUCAAAUGGAUAUACAGUUUUAUGCUUUAUAUACUGGUACUAAAGUUUGUAUUGUGAAUGCUUUUCUUCAUAAAUAAAUACGGAAGAAACAUUUUUAAUCUCUAUUACAGAAAAAAGAUUUAUCAACAAUACUAGUUAUAGAACUAAUAUCUAUACAGUAUAUAUAAAAUUGCUUGUCCUGACUGACUCAUUCACUCACUGAUUCAUCAUUGCCCAGAGCAAACCGCUGAACCUAGAGAUGAAAUUUGGUACACAGUUAGGGUACGACAU